AUGGCUUUAAACUUGGCUCUUUGGCUAUUUUUACUACAACUUUCACGGGUUUUUGCCCCAUUUCCAGUAGUUGAAUUACUGUUUGAUCCGCACAAAGAACCCGAUGGCCUGGUGGAAGAGUGGCACAAGCUCAUUACUGUCCAGGUGAACUCUCUUUAUUUUUGUUUAAACAUGAUUAUUGUGAGUCUGUACACAUAUAAAUACAUAUAAUAAAAAAAGCUGAUGUCAUUGUAAGGCAACAGAAUUUUUUUGCCGAAUUGAGUUAGAUGGGGUGUAAAACGACUACACAAUGUUCCAAAGAGAAAAUAAUGCAAAUUUAGUUUAAGUUUAAAAGGUUCAUCACUUCUCAAAAUUUGUUUGGACAGAUGAUAUCAUCUUUUUUGGUUUGCUAAAAUACAGCGCAGCGGACGCUCCAAUUUUACUAAAAAUUUGGCUAAUAUGUAAGAUUUAGACUUUUUUCUUCUACCUCGCGUUUUGCAGAAACAGUCGACAGUUUAAAUUGGUCAAAAAUUUAAUAAUUUUUUGCAAAAUUGGCCCAAGUCUAGCCGAAAAGCGCUUUUGCUUUUUCCGCUCUCCAAAUCUGCUUACUCUUUUUUCAACAAUUAUCGUUGAAGAUCUUAGGGGCUUCUGCGGAAUUAAAUGACAAAAAUUUCAAUAAAAAUCUGCGUAUUGCACUUUGUGGCCAGUAAAACCCAAUCUUCAAUUCCUCUAAUUUUCAUAACAAAAGCUAGAUUUCAGAAGAACCAAACCGCUAAAUUUGGCCAAGAAUUCCCGGUUGACGAUCGUCUUUAUGGCAACCUCAAAAAAUGCGGCCAUCUUUUUGGCCCACCCGCUGAUUCCACUAGCUUUAUCAAGGUCCAUGACAUUGAAAUUUACUCCGAAAUUGGGCAUGGCACAACUUUUUGUCGGCCUGGAAUCUCAAUGGUCCGAAAGCCAAACGAAACAGUCGAUCUGUCGAGAGAUGCGCAGGGUAAAAUACAUUUAAAUUUCGAAAUUUUAAUUUUGAUGUUUAGUAUUUCGUCAUCAAUGUUUGAACUCGAUGCAAACGCAAUCUCAGAACCCAUCAUUGGCAAAAAUUUUCCGACUCAUGGGAGCUAAAAUUGAAGUUUUUGAGUCAAACGUCGCUCAUAAUAGCAUACUGAGUUGGACUCGGCAUAUUAUUCGGAUGAUUAAGAGGACCGAAGGAUACGAAGAUCGAUGGAAAUUCUUUUUGAUUAUUCCCAACGCAUUUGUAAGCAAUUUUAACGUAAAAUUGUAAUCAAAAAUUAUAUCAGGACAUUCAAUUUGGCCGUGGAAUCCACAUAAUCGCCGAUGAUAUUCUCCAAUCUAUACAGCUGCUACACUCUGAAUUUAGAUCCAAGACCUUUGUCACGGUGGUUAGGAAUAGAGAUCUAACCCUGCAUAAAGUGGCAGCCGAGAAAUUCUUUUUCUGCCAGAAACUUUUAGAUCUCUGGAACAUCGAUGAAAUAAGUGGGCAUGGGGCGUGGAAUACGGUAAGAUUUGAAGUCCGGGCUGCAAGGAGGGCUCUCAAAAUUUCUUAUAAAAUCUCAUGCUGUCUUUAGGGAGGUUACUAAUUUCAGAGCAUUUAAGCUGGCGUUAUAUAACGCCCAAUAAUCCUAUAAGAAAUUCAAGAUUCAUAACAUUUCAGCUAGAAAAUCGGAUAAAAAGAAACUACCAACAGGAGCAUUUUUACGUCGAACUUCUUGACGUUUUGGAUGGAACAAAGCCGGUUUACUACGACCGAAUGUAAGCAGCUUCACCACCAAAUUUUUAUUGAUCCAUUCCAGACCCGACGUCUCCAUUCUCGACUCGGAUUGCGUUCAUUUCUCGGCUCGAGGCCUUUCCCUUCUCCAUGGCCAUAUUUGGAAUCAACUGGUUGAGCCGGGAACCCGACAGAAGAAAUGGAAACCCAUAGUCAAUCCCUUCUUCUGCCCCCGUCCUCACUGUCCGUAUCUCAUCACAAACGAGAAUGCCCGCUACUGUUUGAGACCCAAACAGUACUCAUUCGAGACGAAACCGAGGCCGAAACUUCUGACCGCUUUGUUUCUGAUAAUGAUCAUGGUAUUGUUCAUUGUUUUGUUUACUUACACUCUUUGCUUGUAG